AUGAAACUGUUACUUUCUCUAUCUUUAUCAUCCCAAAGUUCUUUUCGUGAGCCUACUUCGAAAUAUUGGCUCCAAGCACAAGAAACACAUAAUUUUAUUGUUGAGAAUUUACUAACUCGUUAUAACAGUUACAGAGUCAAUACGACUGAUCAAACGAAUACUGCUUAUGAAUGGUACAGUGCCAGUCAAAUUUAUGCAGAUGCUGCCAUGAUUCAAGCUGGUGAUACACGAUAUGUUCCGUACAUGAAUAAUACUGAUGUCUGGAUGAAUAAUAUGUGGGAUAUGUCGAGUAGCAUCGGUGGUUAUUAUUCAACUGCAAAUAUUGAUGGAACCGGUAGUGUAGGUGAUAAAUAUGCUGAUGAUAAUAGUUUAACAGGUGUUGUCUAUCUGAAUGCCUACGAUGUGAGCACUGGUACCGAAAGAGUUAACUAUCUGAAUUCAGCAAAAGCUUGUGCAAACUGGCUGAUAUAUAGUGAUCAAUGGGAUUCUAUUUACGGUGGUGGAUUUUGGUGGAGUACAGCUAAAGAAAGUAAGCCAACGCAAACUAAUGGUUUAGCACUGCAAUUAUUCUUGCGACUCUAUCAAUUGACGGGCGAACCUUUAUAUCGUGACUGUGCCUAUUCUGUGAGAGACUGGCUGAUGAAAGAAAUGUUUGAUACCACAACCGGUUUGUAUAUUUGGAAAAUUGACGGUCCAGGCGUAGGCAUCAAACACACUGAAAAGUUCACCUAUGAUAAUGCUAUUAUGAUUGAAGCAUUCUUGCUCUAUGCUCAGAUUAUUGGAGAUUACAGCUACAUCACAAAAGCACAAGCAUUAGGCACUAAGAUGAAUACUAUUCUCUGGAAUAACGUCUAUCGUGUCUACUUAUUUAAUAGUAUAAGCAAACGAAUUAAUCCGGCAUGGUGUGGAUGGGCAUCCCAAGCUAUGAUAUUACUCUAUCUGGCUGAUGGUAAUACUGCUUGGCUCGAUUACGCUCAGCAAAAUAUUGAUUAUAUGAAUUUGAAACUGAGAAACUCGACGAAUAAUGGCUAUUAUGCUUUUUGCGAUAUUGAUGGAAGUGGUGUCGAUACAAGGCAUGAAGGUGUUGAUCAAGCAUGGAUGCAGCGCGUGCAAGUGCUCUUGUCAAACUUUAGAUAA